AUGCUUUACUUUCACCGCUUCUCAAUUUUCGAUGAUCCUGAUGUUUCUACUGAAGAUAACAAGAUAAAAAUAUUACAAGUACAGCAUUCCUUGCAAGAUACUAAAAAAACAAUGGUAGAAAUGCAGCAAUCACUUGAUCAACAAAACAAAAAAUCUUCUGGUUUUCAAACAGCUAUAGAGAAGAAUACGAAAAGAAUAUCAGAAAUAAGACAAUCACAAGAUCAAAUGCUUAUUGGAAAAAAUAUAACUACGUCCUUAUAUUGGAGAUAUGGAAUAAUAUCAAUCAUCUUUUGUUUGAUUAUUGGCCUGGUGCUUUUAUAUAUAAUUUGUCGUAUUCGACGACUCGAAAAUUAUUUUGAACAGAGGAAGGCUUUAAAUAUUGAUAUGGAAGAAUUAAUGGCAAGAGAUCGGUAA